AGUGUAGCGGAAGUGGUACUGCCCUGAGCGAUACGCUGACCUAACGGAGGACGGAGGCUCAAUCGUCCAGAGAGAGAGCGAUAAAAGCAGGACUAAAAGUCACCCAUAUUUCUAGAAAAUGGACAAGAAUGACCUGGUACAGAAGGCCAAGCUUGCUGAGCAGGCCGAACGCUACGAUGACAUGGCCGCGGCCAUGAAGUCGGUGACCGAGCAAAGCGGGGAUCUGUCAAAUGAGGAUCGCAACCUUCUCUCGGUUGCCUACAAGAACGUGGUAGGGGCACGCCGCUCAUCCUGGCGCGUCAUCUCCAGCAUUGAGCAGAAGGCUGAAGGCAAUGACAAAAAAACGCAGAUGGCACGUGAAUACCGGGAGAAGAUUGAGACUGAGCUGCAGGACAUCUGCAAUGAUGUGCUUAGCCUACUGGACAACUAUCUCAUCGCCAAUGCACUCGCUCCUGAAAGCAAGGUGUUCUACCUGAAAAUGAAAGGCGACUAUUAUAGAUACCUGUCUGAGGUUGCAUCUGGGGACAGCAAGAAGGAUACGGUGGAUAAUUCCCAGAAGGCCUACCAGGAAGCAUUUGAUAUUAGCAAGGGGGAGAUGCAGCCAACACACCCUAUAAGGCUUGGUCUGGCCCUCAACUUCUCAGUCUUCUUCUAUGAAAUCCUCAACAACCCAGACAAGGCCUGCAACUUGGCUAAGACGGCAUUCGAUGAAGCCAUCGCUGAACUUGACACUUUGAAUGAGGAUUCCUACAAAGACAGCACCCUGAUCAUGCAACUACUAAGGGACAACCUGACUCUGUGGACAUCAGAAAACCAGGCAGAUGAGCCAGAAACCGGAGAUGGGGAAAACUAAUGGAAUUGCACUGUUAAUCCACCCACACUUUUAUCUUAAACACAGACAGCUUAUAUACAUCCCCCUCCACUCCAUCAGCCCCUCCCACUUCUGUAUGACAAGCAGCCUGAAUUGCUCCUGACAAAGUAGUUUAAUCCUCUCAGUUCACUGCGAGAUGACAGGGUAAAUUUCAGUUGUUAGCAGAUUCAGUCACUUUGUGGAAACAUGCCGUAUUGAUUAGUGAGUCCACGUUGCUGUUGUGUUUGUCGGCUUAGUGCGUCAGCCUGUGUAUAGUGUGACUGAGUGUGAAAGGACGUGAAAGUUUGUGCGUAUGGUCUUGGGGGGGUGGGAAGGGGUGUUGUGAAUUUUAAUCGUCCUUCCAAAUUCCUUUUGUUGUGCAUUUUCCCCAUCCCAUUUUUUUUUGUUACUUUUCUUAUUUGUGAUUCCUCAUGAUAUUUACAGGUUUUAUUGUAUUGGUAAUUGAACUGGCAGUUGAUUUCCACCAAACACUGUGAUGGUAGGCGUUCCAUUUGCUUCACGACCCCCCAAAAAAAACGGUUUUUACGUUUGAAUUUCCAAGACACGCGUACAAUCCCGUAUUCAGCUAACUGCAAUUCUGCUGUGUGCUCAUACAGAAAGGAGGCAGGCUGUAUUGUGACACUGACAUCUUGGUGUAUUGCUUCUUGAUCACAUUCACAAAAUUCCCAGUUUGAAAGUUCCAAGGGCCCUCAAAUAAUCAUGUUAGAUUUGUUCAGGCAAGACAUUCCAUAUUAUUAGGCUUCUAAAAAAAAAAGGCAGUGCUCCUUUUGUGUUUUUUUUAUUAUUUUUUAAACUAAUUAUUGAUUGUCGUUGUAGUUUUACUUACUGUUCAGGUGCUGCUUGAUUUUAAUACAAUGACGGUUGUAUGUGCAUUAAUGUGGUUCCAUGUAUUUUGCAAGAUUGACUAUCAUCUGUAUGUAAAACCUUAAGAACCCUUUUUAUUGAUGUUAAUUGAAAAUGUCUCACCACACUGUAUCAAUCCUGCUUGCAAAAUAUUCCUGUUAAAGCAGUUGUUUUAUCCCAAAAAAAGGAAAGAAAAAAAAAGUUGUGCCUGGCUUUCUCUUCCAGCCUCUGUUUUCAUUAGGUGGCGGCAUCUGCUUGUUGCUUUUAGAAUUGUCAAAAGAAAAUUAGUUAGGCUAGACAAACUGAAAACUGGUAAAUGUUGACCUCAUCCUUUUUAUUUUAACCCAGGUGCAUGACUCUGCUGUUUGUACGGUUGUCGGUGUGAACGAUCACCUCAAAAAUCAGGUUUCACAUUUUGAAGGUGCAGUUUGGGAAAGAAGCUCAGUGUCACAAUACCAUGUAUCACCACUACAUUCCACGUAUUGUAGUUGAAGACACCAUUCCACAUUAUAGCUGACAGUCUCUUUACAAUGCUCCAAUGAUUUGAAAGGAUCUUCUGUUUAAAAAAGAAAAAUAAUAAAAAAAAGUCAUGUCAGUUUAUUAUUAUGCUUGAUGAAAACGCAGUUAGUGAAUGUGGAACGAAGCCUGUCUGUAUAUCAGGUAUCUACUUGCUUUGUUUUUACUGACAAGUCUUAUGGCUAAAAAUUUGCUUCUGUAACAGUCUAUUACCCAGUGCACACACGUGGUUGUGAAAAUUUAGAUUAGUACUGAAAAGCAAUGAAGAAGUGGAGAUAAACAAUGGUUGGUGUUAUUCUAGCUUUGUGUUUAUGUAUCUUUAAAACCAUUCUAGUUUCACUCUACAUGUAAGAAAUAGGAAAGUGUCAAAGACCAGUGAAAUAAAGUUUCGUUUAAGGUAA